UAUUAUGAAUUUUGAAGUGUUUUUCCUCUCACCGGUUCUCUCCUCCUCUCUCGACUGAAAUAUUUUCUCUCUGUGUUGGGCUGGGCCCUAAGCUAUAGUUGGUUCUUUUAAGAUCUUUGUUUAUUAAGCAGCUCACAAUUGAAUUGAACUAAGUUAGGCCCAAAAAUACUGACUUCUAAUUUCUCCUCCAUCUAGAAAAGGUAAAUAUGAAAGUCUUCUUCUAAAAAAUCACCAAGUAGUUUUAAACGUAUGUGUUAACAACUUAAUAUUCACUGGUUAAAUAUGACGUCAACUAGUCACUUAACUAAUGAUGAAUUUUGAUGGAAAUUAAGUAGCUAUAUUAUUAUGAUUUUGGGACCAUGCAUAACUUCUUAUAUAAUGCUAAUUGACCCCAACCGAUUGGUUGUAAUAAUGUAGUAAUACUUGUUGUAAAUAUACUUUUCAAAUAGAUGUUUGAUUGGUUCAACAAAAUUGCCCCACAUUGGUCACUGGUCUAGGGACAGUCUAUCAGUGCACAUGUUUUAAGCACGAACAACCUCACCGGCAGAAUCAGGACUGAAUCUCACUUAACCAUUUUUUUAUUAUCAUAUUUUAGUUAUGAUUGCUACAUAAUCCUAAUUCGUGUUGGAGGAUGAUCAAACACUUAACUAACAUGGCCUUAAAUUAGUUUGACUUAUUUUCCAAACAAAGUCAUGUAUCAAGUUUUCUUAAUUUAGUAGUAGUAGGAUCCUUCGGGGUAAUUAAUCAUUGACGAUUUAUAGAAAAUAAUUAAAUUAAACUAUAGCAACCAAUGAUAAAUGACAAGAAACAUACAGUUAUGGCAGUGCCCAUAUUAAAUCAUAGGAUAGCCUCGUGUGCUCGUGGCUACUUCGGAGUUUGUCGGCAUUUGCAUUUUUGGGUUAUAUUAAAGAUUUAAAGUAUUAUGUUUAUGAAUAUAUGUGAUGCAUUAUAUUUCCAGGUUCAAAUGCCUUUAUUACUUUGGGUUUUUACUUGUAAACAAAUUUGAUGUAGAAUUCUAACAAUUUAAAUUAAAAUCUCAUGCAUCAUUUGUUGUGAGUUGCCGUAUCUCGAGAGGAUUUUAUCACUCGUUAGCUUUUUUUCUUUGAACAACAAAUCACUCGUUACCACUUACCUCAUAUAAACUCUGUGGGCUGGUGAAUAGUUUUGGGAUGAAAUUUUCUAAAUGAGUGGCGGUACAGUGGAAAACAAGAAUUAGAAUUUGUAUCCACACUUACCUUAUACACAAUUUUCACAUUUGAUCAUUCUGAUUAAACAUAAUAAAGAACUGAAGUUCAUUGAACCUUCUUGCAUCUAGGUACAAAAUGACAAAAAAAAUCAUAUUACAUAAACAAUAUUAAAGUUCGACAACAAAUAAACAUGGACUAAUAUGUCAUAGGAAUAUAUAUAUAUAUAUAUAUAUAUAUAUAUAUAUAUAUAUGUAUCAUAGGCUAAUAACGUCACAUAUAUUCCUAAUGUUCUAUGGUUAAAAGCAUUUCAAAGUUGGCAAAAAAAUGCAUUUCAAAUAUAUAACAAAAUAAAUAGCAUGUAAAAAAAAUAGCAUGUCACUCAUUAUUAUGCAUAUUUUUGUUUUCAUGUCAAUAAGAUACAAAAGUUAUUUCGUUUUUCUCUUUUGAAAAUUAUAUAAUAUUGUUCGUAUCAAAUUUGUGUAACAACAAAAAAAAAUAUAUAAGUGAUUUUGUGUUCUCAAGAUUCAAGAACUAACGGCCAUGUCGUCUCCAGUUUAUUUGACCUAACCUAAACCCAUGUUUUUUAUCUUGUUAACAAUUUUUGAAAGCAUUUUAACAUAUUACAAAACUUCAUGUAGUUAUUUCUUGAGUCGUCGUAUUUAGAUAGAAUCUUAUCAUUCAAGAUCUUAUAUAAACUUGAAAGAUAGUGAAACAAUUUUGGAUGAAGAUUCCUAAAAGAGUGGCUAAAAGUUGAAAACAGCAAGAAAAUAAUAUGUUUCGUAUUCACAGCUUACUUUAUCAUCAUUUUUACAUUUUGGUAAUUCUGACUUAAAAACUCAUUGAACAACACACACGUACGUCCGGUCCCGGGCAAAGCCGGAUGAAACAUUUGUAUAAGAUCUCUAAUUUUCUUUUGAGAAAAAAGUAAGUUGACAUAGAUUCCCAAAAUUGUAGAAAAAGAUUCACAAUAUUUAUUUUAAAAAAUUAUUGAAAUCUUUAAUAAGUCAGUUCCCAAAAUCUCAAUACCCAGCCCUGAGCGGACAUACAUACCUCUCAAUUUUCAUUUGACAUUGAUUGUUUACAUGAUUCAAGAUGGAUUGCUUAUAUCAGUUAGGCUUUUGUAAAUAGCCUUAUUUAUCCAAAGGCACUAGUAGUAUCAAAACAUGGUUAGGGUUAUAUAUAGUGGAAUGAUUCCAACUUUGGCCCUUCCAACUUUCAAGACAAACCAUUUAACCUCUUUUCUAACUACUGUGAACUGGUUAAAUGAUAACUUGUUAUUAGUAUACAAUUGUCGAAUAAACCGUAAUGAAAUACAUCUUGAAGCUGAUGACCUUUUGAAAAGUGACAUUUUCACUUUUGUCACUAGUUGGUGAAACCAUUGUUCCAUGUCGACAGUAUUUCCUUUUUCAUGUGCUACGGAAACAGACUUAGACGCAGAUGCGGCAAAAGAGGCGAUGUCGUCCCUGGUGUAAACAUUAACGAGCCGCGUACGGAUAGCGACUUUUCUUUAUUUUGUUCUGUAAGAUUAUGAUUACAUAAUGUGAUAAUGUCUCUCUCUCUAUUUCAUUAUUAAAUACCCACAUAAUGCAUCAACCUAAACCACGAAACGACAGAGAAAUUUACAUGCGGUGUCUAAUUUUUUUUAAAAAAUUUCUGCAGAAGUCUCAUCGAUUAGUCCCGAAAGAUGGUGUUCUUUAUUAUCUGAUGUCCUCAUCAGCUCUAAAUUAUUAAUAUUUUUUGCAUACCUCUGUUUAUUUUUUAUGCCUUACUAUAUGGGCCUCCAUUAUUUAAAAAUCAUAUUUACGUUUCAAUUCGUAAUUCACAUUUAAUCGAUAUACGUCAGCGAGUGUUCAAAACUUCAAAAAGAAAAAGAAAAAAAAAUCUAUAUACGUCAACAAUUUUUUUAUAUAUUAUUCACGUUCAUAUUUGCAUUUGAUUUUUUUAAAGAGAGUCACCAAAUAUCUCAAGAAAUAUUGAAAAAUGGAAAUUAUGUUCAAAAAAAAAAAAUACUGAAAAUAGAAAUAGCGAAUUAGGUUUUGAAAACAACAAAUGCAUUAUCAACUGAUUUUAAUAUUUUGUGCUAAAACAUAAUCAUUGAGGUAUAUGUGCAUGGUUGAUGAAACGACGUAACGUCAUUCAGCAUUCAUAAUUUUCACUGCACCUGCUUUUUUCUCUAAAUAGAUUUACACUUGACACAAUCUACACAUCUACCCCACCAUGGUAAUACAGAAUACCAAAUAAAACGAAAUCCGAUCGAAAACCGACAGAAAUGUUUUAAAAGUAAAAUAUUACGACAAAUAUAAAAAACAAUAAAAUUAAAAUGGAUUAGAAAAUCGGCCGUUUCUCUAUAAAAACGAUAAGCCACACAAGAGGCUAGAGACAACGCCUUUUGUCUCAUCUACAUCGUUUCUCACUCACCUAUCAUAACUUCAUAACUCCUAUCCACUCUUUUUUUUAUAACACUCAAAACAGUUUUUGUAACUUCGAUCUCCAAACCGGCAAAAACAUUCGUGGGUUCUUCUUUCUUGUCCAGAUUCAUCUUCCGUUUUAGCCGUCCAGACAAAACCGUGAUCAUUCUUCUUUUAUACAAUCCAAAAGUUUGGGUUCAGAUUCUUCAAGCCAUUUGUUUAAAAAAAAAUGGUGUGCGUGGUUUCGCGUACUGGUCGUCAGUUCCAAAGGUACAACAAGGGACGCCGUCAAGUCGUAGGGUGUAUUCCGUAUAGACUCAAGAUUUCAACAGAUGGCACGAUCAGCGAAGAAUUUGAAGUAUUGGUUAUCUCAUCACAGAAGGGUCAUGCUCUGAUGUUCCCAAAGGGUGGUUGGGAGCUCGAUGAAUCUGUAGAAGAAGCUGCUUCAAGAGAGUCUCUGGAAGAAGCUGGAGUUAUUGGAAACGUUGAGAGACAACUUGGAAAAUGGGAUUUUUUGAGCAAAAGCAGAGGAACAUUCUAUGAAGGACUUAUGUUUCCGAUGCUUGUGAAAGAAGAGCUUGAGCUUUGGCCUGAACAACAUCUUCGUCAAAGAAUGUGGAUGAAAGUAGAUGAAGCAAGAGAAGCUUGUAGAGAUUGGUGGAUGAAAGAAGCUUUGGAUGCUUUGGUCGACAGACUUUCUUCAUCACCAUCAAUGAAGCCAAUGGAAGAAGAUACGAAGAUUCAAUUGAUCUCCACCUGCUGAAAUAAAGACCAUUCUCACGUGCUCAUGGUUAUUAGUAACAUCUUAUGCCAGAGCAACGAGAAGAAUGUAGUUUUUUAGGUGCUUGAAGCAAGACUACACCAUGUGAACUCGACCGACCGACAGAUACGUGGCCACAUGGGGUUAGUUUGAACUUCGGUUUGUUACCAAAGAAAAACGUUUUGUGAUUAUUGUUAUAUAAUGCUUGUGCGACUGCUUAAGAUGGGAGGAAGAAGAUUAUAAAAAGGUAGAGACCGCAAACAAAAAGUUGUAUAGUUAUCUUUUCUCUCUUUGGAUCUCUCCCCAUCUUCUGAUCUGAGUCAUUUUACAAUGUAACUAUGAUCUAAAUAAACUAAUAACGAUAAUAAUGUGUAGAACAUAAUUUUUCACAAGAAAUCUCUCUUGAUUU